GAGAGACAGAGUAAGAGUCGGCGAAAGAUAUGAAUGGGAGUGGAUCACAACAGAAUUAUUCUUCAUAUAGUUAUUAACUACUCCUGCCACUUGUAAUUUGGGGAAAUUGUGAAUUGAAUGAGAAAGCCGCCUACUUUACUUUCGCUAACUAUAGAUAUAGCUCUUCUUAACCUUUCCCACAUCUCCGAUCUCUCCUUUUUGCCUGACCACGUUCUCCUUGAACUCUUUCUGAGAACUUUAAGAGCAGGGAAACUAACUGAGAAGAUCUUGAAACUGUUUGUGGCUACUGGCAAAGACGAGAUACUUUCUUUGAUCAGUGAACUUAAUAUUCAACUUAUUCUAACUCCUGUACUUCCCACCAUCAACAUUAGAGAUGAUGAGGUGGACAUUGUGAUAGGUGCUCUCCACUUAGAUCUUACUUCAUUUAUGGAAGAUUGGAGAGCAGUCUUUUCUCGGUUCCACCUGAUAAUUGUCCAGGAUCCUGACCUCAAAGGAGACCUUAAAAUUCCUGGAGGAUUUAGUUUUGAUGUUUAUACGAAGUCUGAUAUAGAGAGCGUUGUUGGGUCUUCUUCAAGUUCUGUUGUUUUCUCCGGCUAUUCAUGUCGGUAUUUUGGCUAUCUUGUGUCCCACAAAAAAUACAUAAUUUCAAUUGAUGAUGACUGCAUCCCAGCUAAGGAUGAUAAGGGUGAAUUGAUAGAUGCAGUUGCACAGCAUAUCACCAACCUUAUGACACCUGCCACUCCUUUUUUCUUCAAUACACUUUAUGAUCCUUUUCGCAAAGGAACAGAUUUUGUCCGUGGAUACCCGUUCAGCUUGCGAAGUGGGGUUCAAUGUGGUCUAUCAUGUGGACUUUGGCUUAACUUAGCAGACUAUGAUGCUCCCACACAGGCCCUCAAGCCAGGGCAGAGGAAUUCUAGAUUUGUUGACGCUGUUCUCACAGUUCCAGCAAGGGCAAUGUUACCCGUAAGUGGAAUCAACAUAGGUUUUGAUCGUGAGUUAGUUGGACCAGCUAUGGUCCCAGCUUUCAGGUUGGUAAAGGAAGGAAAAUUCAGAUGGGAAACAGUGGAAGAUAUAUGGAGUGGGAUGUGUGUAAAGGUAAUAUGUGAUCAUUUGGGAUAUGGUGUGAAAAGUGGGCUUCCAUAUGUUUGGAGAAAUGACCGAGGAAAUGCAGUUGAGAGUUUGAAGAAAGAGUGGGAGGGAGUAAAGCUUAUGGAAGAAGUGGUUCCGUUCUUUCAAUCGAUGAGAUUGUCUCAAGGAGCAGUUACAGCAGAAGAUUGUGUCAUUGAGAUGGCUGCAGCAGUGAAGGAGCGACUGGAGCCUUUAGAUCCUGUGUUUGCUCGGGCCUCUGAAGCAAUGGUGGAGUGGGUCAAGCUGUGGAAAGUAGUUACAUCUCGAUUGUCCGACUCUGCUGCUUGAAAGUUGUGAUCCUUGUAUCUUGUCGUCCUUCCCGUCUUCCGCCACACCCACCCUUUAACCCCAAUUAGUGCCCUUCAUGCUCUAAUACAAUAUUUUACUAUCUGCGACUAUGAUGACUUUAUUACUCCUCACCGUUUGGAGAAAUAAUAGAGAUAUUACUUAUACAUCAAUGAGCUCUUAUGACCCUUUUGUAGUUUAUUGCUUUGUGAUGAUUAUGAGGAGGUACUUUUGUUUGCUCAUAUUGUUAGACAUUGAUGGCUGAUUCCCUUGUCUAAUGACUAAAGAUGGUUGAAAUAUGAAUUGUACUUUCUUGAAUGUA